CACACAGAGAUGCACACAUCCAGUAAGCACUGACUGACGUAGGAUGUACAUGGAUGUUGAAAAUUUGGUGAAAUUUGGUCAGUCCAUCUUGGUCUUGAUUUCAACAUCAACAGAAGUUAAUUUCCAGACCGGCCUUGAUUUGGCCCUAAAAUUAAUGUAUAUAAUUGGUUCAGAUUUGGUCCGCUCUGGACCACCCUUGAUUUGGCCCAAACAUGGACAUCUAUGAUUUCUUAAGAUUUGGUCAGCUCUGAGCGGGCCUAUGUUUGGUUCAGAUUUCGUCCUGUCUGGACUAACCACAUUUUUAUGUCCGUAAAAUACGUAUUUUCAAUGUUUUUAAAAUACAUUUUCAACUUUCACUUAGAACUGAAAAUUAACUUGACUUCAACGUCCAUGUCUUUUCAACUUCUUUCCAACAUCAUUUUGCUCACUGGGCACUCAUUUCAUACAGUUUUUUUUAGCCAGAAUUGUCCACUCAGUGACAAUUUCCACAGUUUUCCAAGGAUUCCUGGAUUCCAUAGAAUCAAUAAAAACAUACACAUCACAUAAAAGUUUUCUAGAUCAAAACACACGUACACAAAAGCAUACACAGCAUACCCAGUAGUAAACAUACAAAAAUAUGUACACACAUACAGCAUAUGCCGUGUACAUACCAUUUUUAAGGACAACUUGUUGUACGUUUUAGUUAGAUGACAUGCAGAAUGUUUUUUUUAGAAGUGUGCAUUAUGGUCAGAGAGGCUGUGGGUGGUGCUAUGACCAAGGGAAAGCUUUACAUUGUUAUUGCAAUGUGCUCUUGUUAGUUUUGGAUGAGGUUUACUCUUUGCCACUGAUCUCAGAUUUGUACUGCCCCAGCCUGAUAGCUAAGGGGGUUUGGAAAGGGUGUUGAUCCUACAUCUGAAUAUGAUUUUGAAUAUAUAUGUUUAGUUGUAGAUUAUUUUCACUAGUGGGUGAUUGAAAACUUAAAGAAUUGAAAAUUACUUUUAGAACACACCUUAGAGAGCAUGCUGAAGCUAAAUAUGGACACCCCUGCUGUGUACCUUUAAUCCACUUCCUGACAUAGUAAACCACAAUCCAUCUCCAAGUGCCAAGCAGAGACGCAUUUUUCCAGUCUUUGGUAUGACUUGACCGGGGAUCAAACUCCCAACCUCCCAAUGUCAGGGAGGGCAAAGAAUGAUCUUGACAAAGUAUGUGGUAAAAAAGAAUUAGCAUGAAAAGUCUUAACAACACAAGAAUAACAAUACAAUUAACCAUAUAUUGUUGUUUUUUACAAGAAGCUGCACUGUAAAGGAACAUGAAUAUAUUGGUCUUGUCAUGAUUUUAUUGUUUUUGCUGGUAGAGUUGACAGCAGACCACUCUCUACCAGAUCAGAUACUCAUCAUGAGAGUGGCUGAGAGUGAGUGAGAGGAAGUGUGAACAGAGACAAAUUAUUGCGAAACUCCAUGUAUGCUGUAGUAGGCUAGAGUGGGAGGGUGUAUGUAGUGUAGUGGGGAGGUGAUCAUACUCAGUGCAUGGACACUCUAUAAGAUGCUCAUUUGCAUUUGCCUCGCUCUAUCUGACUGAUUGAAACUUAACACCAGAGGUAACCGUUCUCUCUCUGUCAAGAUUUAUUUUGAUUAAGACAAGUUUUGCUUUCUGUGACUGCUCUUUGGGGAGGUGGUCGUUUCUGUGAAGGAUUUCCACAUUUCUCAUAUCUGGAAGUUUUCUUCCACUACUGUGUGUCUUGUCUUUUCUGCUGACAAGAUGACCUGAGGAGUCAUACUGUACAACCCACACUAGUGCUUGGUCUUGCUCUGGGAAAGAAUCUCUCUGUGUCUCGUUGUGUGCCGGGACCCCUGGUGCGUGGACCUCACUCAGGUACUACUUGACUUCCUCUUGGAGGAUCCUUUUUCAGUUCCUUAUAUUCUCUGAUCGGAGACAUCAUGGCUGAGGGUGGUGUCCCGUACCCCUCCGUGUUCAUGGUGGAUAGCCAUGCAACCUACCCACCGCUGCCCCCCAAGCCGAGACCUCCUGGUCGGGGUGGUGUGGCCCAAAGCCUGCUGUUCUUGCUGGUUGGUCUGGCUUUGUGUGGCUUGGCCAUAGAGGCCUGCUUCAUCUACCACCUCUACUCUAAACAGGGAUCUGCGGAGUCAGGGUCAGUUGGUAUGAGUAUCCAAGACCAAGAGGACAUUCCGAAGGAGGUUCCCCCAACUUCAAGACCGAACCCUAUUGUGUUGCCUUCAAAACCUGUUGCACAUCUGACAGCUGGACCUCAAGCACCUCAUGGAGAUGGAGUCAUGGUAUGGAACAUGCAGGCAGAACCGCUCCUCCAUGAAAUGGAGUACAAAGAUGGCAAGCUUGUCAUCCAGAAGGAAGGUUACUACUACGUCUACUCUAAGAUCUUCUUCAGUGAGGUCAAUAUUGAGUUCACACACUCAGUCUGCAGAAAUACUCCACGGUAUCUUGGGGAGGACAUUGAACUCCUUAAGUCCAGGAGAUAUUACCCCAAGUUUGGGAAAAUGAUGUCCACAUCAAACAGCUACCUGGGAGGGGUGUUCCACUUCUUUGAAGAUGACUCCAUCUUUGUCAAAGUGAAAAAUGUCACUCAAGUUCGGAUACAAUAUUCCACAGAGAACGUGUUUGGUAUCUAUAUGAUAUAAUAAGCCUGGGGUUGAUGAUGAAGAUACUUAUUUUUAGAUAGCUGGCUGAUUAUCAUUUGUUUAAGGCAUAAUAAUACUGUAGGCCAAUUUACAUGUAAUGUUGCUACGCAGGGCCUUCCCCCUUCCCGGCACACCAUCAUUUUCUUUAAACAAAUCCUUGCAUCAAGAUGCAAUUCGAUGCGUGGAAAAUUGACUGUUGAAGAAAAAGCCCCUUUAUAAUAAAGCCAUAAUAACGUUUGCCAUGUGGCAUACACUAGGCUACAGUUGAGCAGAGGCAUUUUUAGGAUUUCCACACAUGGGGAUUUUUUUUAGCAGGGUCGUAAAAGAAUCCGCUUUAAAAAAAAAAAUGCAUUUAACGCAGUUCUACAUCAUUUACAUGACCUAAAGACAUUAGUUGAAUCUUUUUAUUACCACACAACUGACUGAAAUGACUGGCUACUCUGACACUGACAAACUGAGAUCAAUCUGGUCUUGAAUUCAAACAAACAAUAGCCCAGGCCAAUGAAGCGACACAAUAUUAGGAGGCAAUAUAUAUACAGUAUAUACUGUAUAUCAUAGGUUACAGUAGGUUACUAAAUAAAAUGUCGAGUGGCACACUGAUUCACCUAAUGAUGAAGAUGAAGCCAUAGGCUUCUCACGGUGAGGGCUGAUGUUAGCUAAAAAUUGGGAGUUGUCAAGAACAUUUUUUUAUUGGUUCUAUAGACAGAUUAGUCUUCUCUUUUCACUAGUAGGCAUUUGCUUUCCAAACUGUGCGUUCUUCCCACAAUUUUAUUUUGAAAUCUGCAAACUGACAGCUGCUUCCCAACCAUAGAAGUACAAUCCAUAGAUGGCAGUUCCCAUUCAAGUCAGAACUGGCAUCCACUGCUGGUGUACCACUUCAAUGGAGUAUAUAUCUAUGGCCAAAAAGCAACAAGCUGUAGCCUAUUUGGGGCGCAUGACCUUCCUGACUGUAGGCAUACCAGUAACUGCCAAAAUAAAGGAAACACAUGAGUUAACAAGGGAUACAAGGUAUACAGUAUGUUAUGGUGUGGGGGGCAUUUUCCUGGCAUGGUUUAGAGCCACAUGCAUAAUCUAUGCCAAGGAGCAUUGAAGCUGUUCUGGCAGUUCAUGGUGGCGCAGCACCCUUUUAAGACACUUUUUGUUGGUGUUUCCUUAAUUUUGGGAGAUAUCUGUAUGUGCUUGUGAUAAAACUUAAUUCACAGUUAUUUUUUUUAUAAACGAUUUAUCCUCUGCAGCUAAAUUAUGCUUUCUGGUGUAUUUUGAACAUUGAGAGCGGUUGGAUGGUUGGAUUAAAAAAAUAUAUAUAUAUAAAAUAAAAAGUUUUAUUAUUUUUUGCCUCUUGGGCCCAGUCCUUGACUCACACAAUUGACCAGUCCUAUUUAUUUAUUAUGCAGUUAUUAUUUAUAUAUUUUUAUUAAUCAAUUACCCAAUCAAGACAGGGGACCCCCUACCUCCUCUCCUCCCUCCCUUCUGAUGAUUAGCAGAGCGACAGCAGGCAGCAGCUAGACUCAUUGAUAGCAGAGUCCUGAGUCUUCCUGUGGCAGUUGUAGUGAAAAAGUAUAAAAUAUGUGCUACAUAUAUAAUAUAUACAACAUAUAAUAUAUAUAUAUAACAUAUAAUAUAUACAGUAUAUAUUUCCUUGAUAGUUAAACAUUUAUUUAAAAACAAAAAAAAUCAUUGCUGCCUCUUGGGCCCCCAAUGGGCCUGGACGCAGGUGUUAAAGCCCCGGUAAACCCCUGCAUUAAUCAGGCCCUGUUGCUAAGGUAAAUCAUAAAAUCGGAUAAAAUUAUAAUAUAUUGAUUGAUUUUGCUUUUGUAGAAUAAAACACUUUUUUUAUCAGUGUUGGUGGUGAAAGUGCAGAAUAUUCUGGAGUUAACAUUAUUAGGGAUGUUUGUAUUCACUCCGUGUUGCUUCUCUUUUGUAAGUAGUGUUGUUAUUGAUGGGGGUUUAGGUCAGGAGGUAACACAUUAUGUUGAUAGUCCGCUCUCAAGAACAAGAACAAAAGAAGUGUAUGAACAUUACCUCUGUAUGCUAGGGUUCAAUGCAUAUUUACAGACAUCAGCUCUUUAUACUCUUACUUGUUUGUUAUAUUGACCUGAUUAAAAAUAAUAUAUCCAUAAUAGUAUAAGGAAAUACAUAAUAUAGAUAUAGAGAAAAAUAUUUAGAUAUUUAGAUAAUUCCAAAUAGAGACAAGUAGAUAUAUUCUACAUUAUUGAAACGAUUUAAGAAUACCUGAUAUUCAGGUAAAUUGCAUGUAAACCACUGCAUAGUGUUCAUGAUAAGGUCAAAUGUUGGACUAUCUAUUUCCCUCUUUGUAUAACCUCCAUAAAAUUACAAAGUGAUUAACUAAUUUCAAUACCCUCGACAUGUUGUAUUUCACCUUUUGGUGUUUUAUAUUUAUUUAACAUUUUAUACAAAUGUAAAGUAGUCAUUGUCCUCCAUAUUCUGAUAAACACGACUUAUCAACUUCCAUAUAUAGUGAGAAAUAAAAAAUAAUAUAUGUUUUUUCUUCUUAUUGGACGCCAAUGCUAUGCAAGCAGUAGGCUAUAGCUGUAACACAUACUGUGUAUUUUGUAUAUUCUAUCCUGCAAAUAUUCAAAUAAAUAAAUGUUGCAUUUUUUAUCUUUCUUA